AUGGCGGAAGAUGAAAGAAUGUACAUCUCCUAUAAUAAUAUUCACAAACUUUGUCAAAAAGUCGCAAAGCAUAUUUUAGCAAGAAAUGAAAGGCCUGAUAUUAUUAUCGCCAUUACUGGUGGUGGUAUGAUUCCUGCGAGAAUUAUUAGAUCGUUUUUGAAAGUUAAGGGUCAAAAGAAUAUUCCGAUCCAAGCUAUCGGUUUAUCUUUGUAUGAGGAUUUAGGGUUGAAAAACAGUGUAGAAACUAUCGGCAAAGAGGUUAUUAGAACUCAAUGGCUAGAUUUUGGUGCUUUGAAUCAACAUUUCGAUUCCCUGAUUGGUAAGAAAAUCUUAAUUGUUGAUGAAGUUGACGACACUCGAACUACUCUUCAUUACGCUGUGUCAGAACUGGAAAAAGAAGUCGUUGAACAGCAAAAUCUUCUGAAUAGAAUAAACGAGGAUACGGUUUUUUCUAUAUUUGUUCUACAUAAUAAGGAUAAGCCCAAGAAAGCCGACUUACCUGACUCUAUGAUUAAUUCUGGGCGUUAUAUUGCCGCGCAAACUGUCCCUGAUAUGUGGUUAUGUUAUCCUUGGGAUGCUGAAGACAUUGAAGAACAUACCGAACUGGCUAAAGCUCAAGGGAAUGAUUGA